AUGUCGGCCUCCGAAAAAGACGAACGAAUCGAAGGUUCCAAGCUCGUGCUUGUAUCGGAGCAGGCAAUGCUGAACCUCAUAUACACACUCAAAACCUGCGUGCUGAUUCUGUAUACCCGCCUAACUCUUGGCCUAUCGGCCAGGCGGUUUGUCCGUUGGAUAUCACUCUACGUGGCCAUUGGCUGGACGGCGACCCAGAUCACAAUGUUCACAGCAUGCAGACCCUUCAGCGGAUAUUGGGCUGUUCCCCCCCCCAACCGACAAUGUGCGACCUUCGAGCAUUAUGCAAUUCUACAGGGCUGGUUCAACAUCUCCUCCGACACCCUGAUGUUGAUGGUGCCCCUUCCUCUGAUAUUCAAGAUGAGCGUUUGUUGGAGGCAAAAGGUCGUCCUCGUCUUCAUCUUCAGUCUCGGCAUCUGCGUCAUCGUCGCAGCGCUCCUGACAAAGAUCUUCAACCUGGGCGACCCGUACAGCCCGAACUACAUGCUCUGGUACAUCCGGGAAGCAAGCGUCGCCGUCUACGUCUCGAACCUACCGCUCGUCUGGCCGCUGCUGAGAGAGUGGUUCCCCUGGCUGCGGGACCUGAAGACGGCAGGCGUGCUCCCCACGCCCGCCGCGGUGGCGGCGGCCGCUCAAGCGAAGCGGGAAAAGGAGCAGAAGUUGAACCAGACCUCGGCGGCGGAUACUAGUCAGACCGCGAGUCCCGAUCGGCCGGGCGUGGGGACGAUCAGGCGAGACACCUUCGCCGACUUUGGAGCCUGGCUUCGGCCUGUGGACUUGGAGCUGCGGAAGCCACCGCGGGCAGCUCUUGCGAGCUCCAGCAGGGAACGUAUUCUGGGGGAUCCUGAUAGCCCGGGGAGAAAUAAGGCGAAGAGGAUUUCGAGAUUCAAGGAGAAUAUCAUUGAAGAGAUUGGAUAUGAUGACCCGACUCCGCGGACUUUGGAUCUCGAGCGGGGAGAUUUUAUUUGGGAGAUUCGGGACCAUUACGGACAGCCAAGCACUCCUGGAGCUAGGGACUGA